GUUGGUUACAGAAAGCGCUGGGGCUGAAGGUCGUAGAUAUUGCCAGCAGGGAUUUCCCACUCCAAGAAUCAGAUGUUUGCUCAGAGAGAUCUGAUGGAGUCUAUGGAGGUUACAGGUCUGCUGCCGUUCUGUUCCUAAAUGAUAUCUGUUGUCAUGGAGACAGAAGAACUGGAAGAGGUGGAAAGGCAUUGCAGAAAAGCAACCAGUGGUGUCAAAAAAGGCAGUUCUCAGCAGACAGCCUCACAGCCUGGUAUGAAUUCUGAGGAUGAGGAGAAGUCAGAUGGUGCUGACCAUAUGACCCAGGACAGUGAGUCACAGAUUCACUACAUUGCCAUUCAAAGAAAUUCCAAGUAUUAUCGGUCCAUGAGGCUACGGACCAGACAGAAAGAGAGGAAUAACAGAGAGGGAAUGAGUGCUAGGCAUCCUGUAGCUUCACUCAAAAAUGGAGACAGCAGAAGCAAACCUCUGAAUCUGGAUGUAUUAUCUCGCAAGGGACCCUCAGUAUCAGUAAAAUCCGAAGUGAAAAAGUUGGAAGAACAAUGGACACAAAGGCUGCUGCCUUCCUACCCCCGUUGCCGUGGCAACCGCCCGGCCUCCCCCAACCCCGCGCCGCCUGCGGAGUCGCUCGGCAGCCGCCGCUCGGAGCCGGACUCGCCGCCGCCGCUGUCACAACCUCACAUGGAGCUGCUGGCUGCGGCGCUCAGCGCCGCCUGCGCCCUGGACCGCGACGGCUCGGCGGAGAGCGCGGCCGGAGCCUGCCCGGCCGGCAGAGAAUCCCCUUCCACGGCCGGACUAGUGCUUAUCCCUGAUGAGAGCCCCGUGCUCCCAGAGUGCCCAGCUGCUCUCCCUGAAACCCUGCAAAUGAUCCACCCCAUGACAACUGACUCCUGGAAAACCCUCAUUGAACAAAUAGGGCUCUUGUAUCAGGAAUAUCGAGAUAAAUCUACACUUCAGGAGAUUGAAACCAGACGACUGCAAGAUGCACAGACAGACCCAGAGGAGUGCUCAGCCAGUGAGGAGAUGCCAUCAGAGGCAGAACCCACAAAUACUGCAGAAAGCAGGACUCUUCCCCAAAUCAGCUUGCUCAGGAACUCCACCUCCAGGUUUAACUUGUGGCAGGAUCUUCCAGAGAUCAGGAGCAGCGGUGUCCUGAAUAUCCUUCAGCCAGAUGAGAUCAAACUGCAGGAGGCCAUGUUUGAACUGGUCACUUCUGAAGCCUCAUACUACAAGAGUCUGAAUCUGCUGGUGUCUCACUUCAUGGAGAAUGAACGUCUGAAAAAGAUUUUACAUCCAUCUGAGGCUCACAUCCUCUUCUCCAACGUCCUGGAUGUCAUGGCUGUCAGCGAACGUUUCCUCUUGGAUCUUGAGCAGCGAGUGGAAGAGAACAUUGUGAUCUCAGAUGUGUGCGACAUUGUCUACCAGCACACAGUUAAUCACUUCUCGGUGUAUGUAACCUACGUCUCCAACCAGACCUACCAGGAGAGAGCUUACAAGCAACUUCUCCAAGACAAGACAGCUUUCCGGGAGGUGAUAUCACAGUUGGAGAUGGAUCCCAAGUGCAAAGGCCUGCCCUUCUCAUCCUUUUUGAUUUUGCCAUUUCAGAGGAUCACUCGGCUCAAGCUACUGGUGCAGAAUAUUCUUAAAAAAGUGGAAGAGAAAUCCGAGAAGGAAACCACUGCCCUUGAAGCACACAAAGAGCUGGAAACAGUGGUGAAGGCAUGUAACGAAGGUGUCAGGAAGAUGAGCCGAACAGAGCAGAUGAUUAGCAUCCAGAAGAAAUUAGAGUUUAAGAUCAAGUCUGUGCCCAUCAUCUCUCACUCCCGUUGGCUGUUAAAGCAAGGGGAAUUGCAGCAAAUGAAUGGCCCAAAGACAUCACGCACGCUCCGCACCAAGAAACUUUUUAGAGAAAUCUACUUGUUCCUUUUCAAUGACCUGCUGGUACUCUGCAGGCAGAUUCCUGGCGACAAGUACCAGGUAUUUGACUCAGCACCCCGAGGGCUUCUCCGGGUAGAGGAGUUAGAAGAUCAGGGACAGAGUUUGGCCAAUGUCUUCAUCCUGAGGCUUCUGGAGAACACGGAUGAUCGGGAGGUCAGCUACAUGCUCAAGGCAUCAUCCCAAAGUGAGAUGAAGCGCUGGAUGAUCUCGCUGGCCCCAAAUCGGAGAACCAAGUUUGUUUCAUUCACAUCCAGGCUCCUGGAUUGCCCCCAGGUGCAGUGUGUCCAUCCAUAUGUGGCUCAGCAACCAGAUGAGCUGUCCCUGGAGCUGGCAGAUGUUCUUAACAUCCUGGACAAGACAGAUGACGGUUGGAUUUUUGGGGAGCGUCUUCAUGACCAGGAAAGGGGCUGGUUCCCCAGCUCUAUGGGGGAGGAGAUUCUGAACCCCAAGAUCCGAUCGCAGAACCUAAAAGAGUGUUUCCGGGUCCACAAGUCGGAUGACAGUCAGCGGAGGAAGCUGGGCAGCAGGAAUCGCCAAUGACCCCUGGUCUCCCCAAGCCCUGGAGCACAAGGAAUAUCUAAUGGCUUAUGGAGAGAGAUGGAGGGCAGAUGCUGCAGACUGAGAGAAUGAGGUGGUGGUGCUGGUACUAUGAGCCAGGGCACAGGGCCUGGUCUUAACAUGCUGGUCAGACCCACUCCUACACAAAUAGACUUUGCUCUGUUUACUAAGUUCUUCCCUCCACAUUUUGUAUUCCUCUGGAGACCAACCCAAGGAAGAGGAGAGGCCACUUGUCUAAAGCUCAAGGAACUAUUCAAUGUAAUGGAUUGCCAGUUGUGCUGCCAACCCCAAAGAGUGCCAAGUGCUCCCCUGUGCAGUGAGGAGCUACUGGACAAGACCGCACCAGAGCCACGCAGGAGGUUGACCACAGCUGUAACAUACCAGCUGGUCAUAUAUAAGCGUUGCUUCAGUUGCUUUUCUAGUUUAAGUGGAUAGACUCAGC